AUGGCUCUUCCUCCCAAUGGCCGCGUCAUUCUCAAGACCUCUGUCGGAGAGAUACAGAGAUACAGAGGCGGUCAGUUGAAUGCAGGUUUUUCUAUGGGACAGAUCGAAUUAUGGAGACUCCCAAAGCGUGCAAGAAUAGCUAUGGAAGGCGUGGAUGACGAUUUGCUGCAUGAUGUCUCCCGCUACAUCUUCAAGGUUACUACAAUGGCGUUAUCUUCCACAGAGUAG